GAGAGAGCCAGUAGGAGGACCUUAAACUUGGCUGAGAAGACAGGCAACAGCAAUGAAAUUGUUCCUCGACUGCCUCGGGAUUGAGGCUCUGAGAAGCAGAUAAAAAUUUGUUGGCAUUCAUUGAAGGAUACUACUUCAUAAAAGAAAAAAGCUGUAGAAGUGAAUGCUGAUGAUGUUCAAUUUUAAGUCAUCUGAUACCAGCUGAGAAGACUUCUUCUCCUUUAAGAAACCUGGAAGAAUUCAAAACCUAGUAGGUGCUGACCUCUAGAAAAAUGAUCUCCAGAGCGAAUCCAAUUCCUAUCUUGGUGCUCUUCUGUCUCCUCCACUCCACUGAGGAGACGUGCCCAUCCAUGUGUCUCUGCACAUCCGACACAGUGAGCUGCAGCUCCAGUGGUCUCACCAAGCUACCCAAGUCGUUGCCCACGUUCUCCAUCACUCUCGAUCUCAACCACAAUCAUCUGUCCUGGCUGGGUGCACGCAGCUUUAGCAGGAUGUCCAGACUGGAAAAGCUCUGGAUGGCUCACAACCAGAUGAGCAGCUUGACUUACGGGCUCUUUCAAAAUGCCUCAAGCAUAAGAUAUCUUGACCUGUCUUCCAACAAGCUCCAAGUGGUGGAGCAGCACUACUUUCAGGGACUGUGGAGGCUGGAGGAGCUCAUGCUCUUCAACAAUAAAAUCACACAAGUGGAAGCUGGCACAUUGAGCAGUCUGAGCAGUUUGAAAAAAGCCUACUUCAGCCUCAAUCAGCUCACAAACUUCCCCUUCUUCUCGAUCCAAGACCACAGCCACCCUUUUCUGACCAUGCUGGACCUCUCAUCCAACCGUAUGACACAUCUGCCAUGGGAGGAUUUGAAAGCAUUGCCGAGUUUACUGCAGCGGGGCCUCUUUCUCCAUAACAACUCUCUUAUUUGUGACUGCUCCAUGUACAGUGUAUUCUGGCACUGGGAUCUUAGAGGGUAUGACACGCUGAGGGAUUUCACGGAAGAACACACUUGCAGCAUCUAUGGGGACCCCCGAGCCUCUAUCCAGUUCCUGAGACACACUCGCUUUUUCAACAACUGCACCAUGGAAAGAGCCGUCUCGCAGCCUGUAACUGUGCUCCUCUCUAAAGUGUUGGUUACAGAGGGACAAAGGGUGCGCCUGGAUUGCCAAACGUCCUUGAGCAGUGCCAAUCUCUCAUUUACUUGGCUUUCCCCCAAACAGGGCAUCAUCACCCAGUACAACAUCGAUGAUACUCUAAUGAGCAUGUUUGCUAAUGGUACCUUAGAGAUCCAAGCUGCCAAGGUCAAUGACUCAGGCCUGUAUGUGUGUACAGCAAUGGAUAUUAUACAGGUACUGAAUGCAACCAGAGAAAUAAAUGUGACAGUGCUCUUGCCUGCAGCGGAGUCAUUCAACACAGGUUACACAACACUGCUUGGCUGUGUGGUGACCAUGAUCCUCAUCCUCAUAUACCUCUACCUAACACCAUGUCGAUGCAGCUGCUGUAAACAGCCCAAACCUCCAGCCAUCCCCGUUGCUACGUAUGACCCUGGCAACCUAACCAGUACAGCAGAUCAGCACAAAAUCCACCGUAAUAAGCAUGUAGCAUUUAUGCAGCCAAUGCUGAGUGAGGAAGGACUCGAAUGGACACAUGAAAGUUGAUGAAAAAACUUUUUUUUUCUCAGAGACUAAACAUCUUUUCUUCAAUCCUCCAUCCAAGUGUCGAUUUCUCUUGUCGGAUACCAUCUUUCUUUCCUGGAUGUCACCAACUGUUAAGAAUGACAAGAGUAUCUUCUGCUUCAAGUAUGCUUUUGUCCCCUUAGAUGGUCCAAUAAGAGUUUCACAGUGCGCUCUUCACAUUAUUACUUCCUAAAGUCACCUCCUAACUUUGGUACAACACUAAGAUUGGACCUUGAUUAUGGGAAGAGUUUUUACACAAUUAAAUUAAGAACGUUGUCGGAAAUUGUAAUGGUUUGCAGUCAGCCUGCAUGUACUGUAACUGUUUCUUUCUUUCUUCUGGUGGAAACAAGAACUGUACAAGCACAAGUAGAAUAACAAUUCAUAUUUCUAUUAUUAUUAUUGUUAUUAUUGUAUUAUAUUAUUAUUACAUGACGUAUCCCAGCCAUCGGAUAUUAAUCUGGCUACAAAUAGAAACACGAUCCUGAAUGUUUGUUCUUGUUUAUAAGACAAGUCACCAAGAUCCCAGUGUGUGUGAAGAAUUGACUAAUACCGUAAUUUGCGGUGUAUAAGCCGCGAGUUUUUUCUUAAACUUUGAACCCUUCAGCUCAUACAGUAUUGUGGCUAAUUUAUGGCUGUGUUCUCGUGACCUCUCCUUUACUUCAGAGCUAUGACCAAUCGCUUAAAUACUGUGCCGAGUCAGUGAGAAAACAGUAGCUCUUUUUUUGGCAGGAACCAAUCACGGAACUCACAAUGAGCUGGUCAACCCAUUGUAAA